AAAAUUUAUGAAGAAAAGAGUGGUGAUCAAAAAGGUAAAUAUCAAAAAAUAUUCGCAUAAUUUCAUAUAAAAAUUUCUUGGCAAUUGUCCAAAAUUACUCACACAAAAUGUCCAGUGCAUCAUGAACGUGGUUUUUGUCAAAUUAAUUUAUAAUUUUUAAAUUCUUCAUAAAUUAUCUAAUCAAUUUCACCUAAAAAGAAUGAAACAAAAAGCCUCGCUGAAAUCCCCAUCGCGAGAGAAGGAUAAUGUUUCACCUGGCAAAACGACAAGUCAAGAGCCUGCACCAGCAGUGCAACCUCCAACCGAGCAACCCAGCUCAUACCGUUACACUGGUCGUAUGAAAGAAAUUGUUCAAGCCUACAAUGCAGCAGCGACUAUUCUUCAUCCCAAAUGCCCUUGGUAUGUCUUUCCCGGUUUUCUAGCCCAUGCACUAGUCCGACGUUAUCAGGAGAAUUAUCAAGGAAAAUUCAAACUAGUUCCAAUUCCCAAUAUUCUCUAUGAACUGUUGAUUAAAAAUGAAUUCAUUAAAUCGGAACAUGUCAUCUUCUCAUCUGAAGAAAUAUUCAAUCAAUAUGCAGAGAACCGUGAAGCAAACUUUGUCAAUUUGCUCGUAACCGGUCGACUGGGAGCAAUCACAACAACUGGCAAUGAAAUUGUUCAGAAAAUGCUUCAAAAAGCUCCUCAAACUAUUGUCACACAACUAGUUCCAGUGCAAAAUUGUUCAGAUGGUUGUCUCUAUGUCCAAGAGAAUUUCUAUUCGAAUUUAAUGGACCGCUUCCGAUACAAUCAAGGAUUCUGGGUAGAAUUGGAGCCAUUUUCUGAUUCACAACAAAUUCCAUCAAUUGCCACAAAAGUUCACAUCUAUAUGUUAAAUAAUCCCUACGAACUGCCUCCAGAAAUUGUUGAUACUAUUUUGGGAAAUUACUUCAAUACACCACGAAUUUUGCAUCGCGGUCAUACUUAUCGUGUUGAAGUGAAUGCCAAACUACUUGGAACUUCGGUUCUUGCAACGUUCUAUCAUAUAUUUGCCUAUCUCAAGUACAUUCACUUCCGUUGUGUUCAUUUGGAAUUGAAAGGCAGUGAGUUUGAAAUGCAAGCAAUUGUGGCGAGGAAUUUUACAAAUCUCAUGCAAAUUCCCCAUACGCAUCACUUUUUGCCACGACAAAUUCUGGAUAAUGUUGCAAUUGUGGAGAACUAUCCUAGUGGUUUGAGAGAUGCUUAUUCACUGUUGCGUUCGUCAAUUGAUGCAUUUUUACCAAAGAAAUCUGCUUGUUUGUCAUCCAAACAUAUUUAUCCUUUGUUCAUGCUGCAAGGAGAACGUGGUUCGGGCAAAACAAAGUUGGUUAACGCUGUUGCCCAGGAUUUGGGAUUACAUUUAUAUGGAGUUGAUUGUGCUGAUGUUGUUUCGUUAAUACCCUCGCACACCGAAUUGAAGCUAAAGGGACUUUUUGCUAAGAGCUUGCAAUGCGAACCGAUGCUUUUUGUCUUCCAUAAUUUUGAGAUCUUUGGCAUCGAUAAUGAAGGAAAUGAAGAUCUACGACUGUUGUCGUCUUUUCAAGCUCAAAUCCAGGAGCUCUUUGCAAGAGAUCGUGACCAUCCGAUAAUCAUUGUUGCCCUAACCAAUGAGAAAAAUCUUAAACCAAUGAUCCAACGGUUGUUCCUUGAAAUCGUUCAUAUAGAAAUUUUGGACAAAGAGGAACGUUUUGAGAUCCUCAAAUGGUUGCACAUCCGUGAAUGUUUCAAUGAUGAAAUAUUCAACCGUGGAAGUUUAGAACGAUUACCACUUUUUGCAAUGGAGUCUCGCGAACGAUUUCUUCGUGAAUUUUUCAACUGGGUCGAAGCAAAGUCGCUUCUAACAGAAGUAGCUGAGAAAUCACAAGGAUUUAUUUUAGGUGAUUUACAAUUGCUUUACGACAAUGCCAUUCGUGAUUUGCGAAGAGAGCCCAAACGAGCUGUUCUUAGUAUGCGUCAUUUCAAGAAGAACUUGACUGAGAUGCAAUCUUCAUUUGCCAACAGUCUAGGAGCACCGAAAGUUCCUAAAGUUCUUUGGUCAGAUAUUGGUGGUUUGGCAAAGAUUAAGGAUGAAAUUCAGAGCAGCAUAGGUCUGCCUUUGAAACAUGUUCAUUUAAUGGGUAAGAAUCUUCGAAGAUCUGGAAUCUUGUUGUACGGACCACCGGGAACUGGAAAGACACUUGUCGCCAAGGCAGUUGCAACGGAAUGUAACUUAAGUUUCUUAUCUGUGCAAGGACCCGAGUUGCUUAAUAUGUAUGUUGGCCAGAGUGAACAGAAUGUCCGUGAGGUAUUCUCUCGAGCACGUUCAACUGCACCGUGUGUACUCUUUUUGGAUGAGCUAGAUUCUCUAGCUCCUAAUAGAGGUGUUGCUGGUGAUUCUGGUGGUGUAAUGGAUCGUGUUGUUAGUCAGUUGUUAGCCGAAAUGGAUGGCAUGGGAGAUCCUUCGAAACCUAUUUUCAUUUUGGCUGCAACAAAUCGACCAGAUCUUAUUGAUCCAGCCUUAUUAAGGCCAGGACGCUUUGACAAGUUAUUCUAUGUUGGGCCAUGUACAACGGCGGAUGAUAAAAUAUCUGUUCUCAAAGCUCAAACAAAGAAAUUCAAACUUACCAAAGAUUUGGGUUUGGAAAAGAUCGUUGAUAUUUUGAAUGAAGAUAUGUCUGGAGCAGAUUUGUAUUCGAUAUGUUCGAAUGCUUGGUUAUCUGCUGUUAGAAGAGCUAUUGAAAAGCAUCGUCAAGAAGAAGCUGAAGCUGAAGAUGAAGAUAGCGAAGUAGAUGAACUCUUGCCAGAAGACAUUAUUGUGCGUAUGGAAGACUUUGAAAGAUCCUUUGAGAAAUAUAUACCAUCAAUUGCUAAAAAAGAUUUGGAAUAUUUCAAUAAGUUGAAAUCGACGUACAGUGUUUGAUUUAAUACAUGGUUUUAUGUAUUUAACUUCAUUUAUAAAGUGGCAUUACUUACGUAUACCUAUUUAUUUAAAUAAAAAUAUGUAACCAGGUUUAUAGAAUAAUUGAAAGUUUU